GUCGUUACCAAAUACCAGGAGUUUUAACUACUAGGUCAGUCCAGGUGUCUGGAUCAAAUCUAGUUUGAGGUUAGAAGGGUGGGGGCCGGAGUCAGUCCUUAUCUAGCUUAAAUUACGGAUGCUGUUUUCCGUAGGAUGUUCAUAUAGUUCAUUACCUGAGCGAAAACACGUAUUCCGGAGGAUUCUUUUUUGUUCCAAGCUUUUAAAUUCACCUGGUACCUCCGCCGAGUUGUCCCAGCCUAACGGUAGAGAAUCUAAGACUUUAUCUUUUACCUGAUUGUUUCCAUCAAUUAUAGUCUCGCCCAAAAUUUACUACCACGCAACAAGAAAUUUUCGGCCUUGAAAUUCGCUCAAAUAAUUUGAACUGUACCCAGCAAGUUUCAUAGAUUCCAUAUUCCAAAAGAAAUGGUUUCCCUCGAUGUCCCUCUCCCAACUAUUGAGGAAUUGACAGUCCCAGAACUAAAGAUAUCAAAGUGUCCACUGCUGGCCGCAAGCAUUCAUUUAGGGAAGUUUUGUGACAAUGAGUCCAAGGAAUUCAUGCUUUGCCAUUAUGAAACACAUGACCCAAGAGCUUGUCUUGGAGAGGGAAAGGCUCUUACCAGUUGCGCCCAAACCUUUUUCAAACAGAUUAAACGGCAUUGUGAAGAUGAAUUUCGGAAUUACUUUACCUGCCUUCACAAGUAUGGAGGGCCGGCUUACAGCCUAACAAAAUGCCGCGUAGCUCAGUAUCCCUUUGAUGAAUGUAUAAAAACUCACCUCAAUCAAGAACGCCCGAAAACGGAUUACUUUAAUGUUGUUCGUCUUCACAAAACGAAUCGGCCUAGAUAUAAACCUGGAUUAGCUCCAAUGCCCGAAAGAAUUCCAGAUUUGCCUAACUUGGAUCAUUUUGAAGAGCCUGAACGUAUAAAGCACAGAGAAAAAAUGAACGAACUAUUAACUUAAACUUAUACAGUGACGCAACAAAAUACAACAUCUGGUUAUUAUCAAGUAUAUAUAAAUAUAGUCAUUUUAGCUUAGUAAUAUUUAACAUUCUAAAACUUGUUAAUUCAAUUUGUAAAAAUCAAAAUAGUCUAUCAAAA